AUGGCACAACGACCUCUCACACAUGGUGCGCCGGGCCCGGAAGUAAGUGGGAAGGAUAAGAUUCUCGAAACAGGAGCAAGCGUAACGCAAAGUUUUGCCCCGAUCAAAAAGAUUUGUGCCCAUCUUAAUGCGUUUCAUGUUUAUGCUGGGGAGCCCGGGAGGAGUGUGGAGGCGAAUCAUUAUUGUACGCAUUUGAGUGCGGAUGUUCGUCAAUGUCUCAUCUACGAUUCCCCAACAAAUCCGGCAAGAUUGAUUGGAGUCGAAUAUAUGAUCACCAGGAGAUUGUAUGAGAAAUUGGAUGAGGAGGAGAGGAAACUUUGGCAUUCGCAUGAUUAUGAGGUCAAAUCCGGAAUGCUCAUUCUCCCCAACCCCACAAUCCCAGAUGCAGUCUGGACAGUAGCAGAAACGGAAGAAAUGAAAGAGGUCAUUGGGUUGUAUGGAAAAACAUUUCAUUUCUGGCAGACGGAUAGGGGAGAUGAGUUACCGCUUGGAAUGCCGGUUUUGAUGGGGAGUUUUACGGCGGAUGAGCAGGUACCAUGGGAUAAAGUCAAGGAAAGAGAUGAGAGAUUUGGUGUUGAUACGAUGAAGAAACGGGAAGCGAGGAAGGGGAUUGAGAGUGUGGAUAUUCAUGAAGAUGCUGAUCAGGUUUGGAAGAAGAAAUAA